AUGGAAAUCGAUUCAUCUCCACUACCGCUGAACGAGAGCGACGUUGAUGUCGGCGCAAAGCAAGUGAGCCGGAACAACUCACGCGGGGUUCGAGUCGUUGGAAGCCGAAUCUAUGAUUCUGAAAAUGGCAAAUCCUGCCAUCAGUGCCGUCAAAAAACACUGGAUUUUUCUGCUGCUUGUAAGAAUCCAAAGAAUGGGAAGCCUUGUACCAUUAGGUUCUGUCACAAGUGCCUCUUGAACAGAUAUGGGGAAAAGGCAGAAGAGGUAGAUCUGUUGAGUGAUUGGAUGUGUCCAAAGUGCAAAGGCAGUUGCAACUGCAGUAUUUGCAUGAAAAGAAAAGGUCAAAAACCUACUGGUUUAUUAGUUCAUACAGCAAAGAAAUCGGGUUUUAACUCUGUGUCUGAGAUGCUCAACAAGAAGGCUUCUCAUGAUUUGGAAAAGGGGCUUGUAGUGGAACUAUUUGGGGAACCAGGAAAGGAAAACUCAUUAGGUGAAAACAAUGGUUUAAAGGUUGAAAAGGAGAAAACCAAGAAAAUGAAGCAGAAAAAGGUUAAGGAAAUAUCUAAUGGCAACAAUGUCGAUGAAAAGGAGAUAUUGAAAAAGCCAAACCAUUGUAAGGGAGUUUCAGACAACGCAGUCAAUAGAAAUAAAAAUGCUGAAAUGGACACAAAAGUAGAGGGGUUUGUAGUGGACCUUUUUGAGGAACCAGGGAAGGAAAACUCAUUAGGUAGAAACAAGGUUGAAAAUGAGAAAACCAAGAAAAUGAAGCGGAGAAAAUUAAAAGAAAUAUCUAACGGCAGCAAUGUUGAUGGUGCUUGUCAAAAGAAGAUGUCGAAAAAACCCAAACAUUGUAACGGCGUUCCUGAAGAUGAAGUCAAAAGAAGUGAAAAUCCUGAAAUGGAAACAACAGUAGAGGGGCAUUUAGUGGAUCUAACUGGGGAGGCACAACAGAAAAACUCAUUAGGUGAAAGCAAAGGUGUAAAAGUUGAAAAUGUGAAAGCCAAGAGAAUGAAGCAGAAAAAGUUAAAUGGAAUAUCUGAUGGCAAAAAUGUUGAGGAGGCUUGCCAAAAAAAGAUACUGAAAAGGCCUAAGCAUUGUCAUGAAGUUUCAGACGUUGAAGUCAAAAGCAAUGAAAAUGCUGAAAUGGAAGCAAAAGUAAAGGAGCUUGUAGUGGAUCAAUCUGGGCAAGCACAGAAGAAAGACGGAUUAGGUGAAAACAAAGGUUUAGAAGUUGAACAUGUGAAAACCAAGAAAAUGAAGCAGAAAAAGUUAAGUGAAAUAUCUAAUGGCAACAAUGUUGAGGGGGCUUGCCAAAAAAAGAUGUUCAAAAGGCUUAACCAUUGUAAUGGAGUUUCAGACAGUGAUGUCAAAAGAAAUGAAAAUGCUGAAAUGGAAACAAAAGUUGAGGUGAAUCAUGGUGUGAAUCAUGUUCAGAUGGAUGGUCCUGUUGUGAUUUUGGAAGGCGACAAUGCUAGUGCCAAGUCUAAAAAAAAUGCUAUAGUUUUGCAAUCACAAAAACUUAAGGAAGAGGUUCCUUUGCCCCUUGGUACUGAGAUGACACAAAUAUUGGACAUUGAGUUUGCACUAGAAGAUGUUGGGAAUGCAUUGCAAUUUUUAGAAUUCUGCAGAGUGUUUGGAAAAGCUCUUGAUGUCAAGAAAGGUGAAGCAGGGGCAAUUUUAAGAACUUUGAUACGUAAGAGGAAUUUGCGAUGUGGACAAAACACCUUAGUGGUUGAGUUCCAAAUCAAACUAUUGACUCUAAUAGGAUCUGAGUCAGAUAUUGAGUCUUCAUCCUUAACUGCUAGCAAUGGAAAACAUUCAUGGUUGAAUGUUUUGAAGGAUUUAAUUACUGAAUCCAAUCUUGGGCUAAAAGCAUUUCCGCUGGAUUGGCUUAAUAAAGGCAUAAGUGGAUAUAAUGAAUUGGACUUAUCUAAAAAACUUAUCCUUCUAAAUUUCAUUUGUGAUGAAGCUCUGGGCACAAAGAAGCUAAGGAGUUAUAUUGAUCAGCAAAAUGAAAUAUUAGCUGAAGAAAAGAAAGCAGCAAGAUCGAAGGUUGCCGAAGCAAAGGAAAAGGAAAAAAGCCUUAAGCAAAAGUUGCAGGAUGAGAUGGCAAAAGCCAUUAUACAAAAUGGGGCUACCUUCUCAAUUUCAGAAUAUGAUGCUCUUCUCUCGAAAAUUAAAAGUGAAGCAGCUCAAGCUCAUAAUGAGUUUCUCGAGGCAAAGGGAACAUUCUCUAAAGGGAACCAAUUUUGUGAUGCAGUGAGAAUUGAGCCCGAGUACUUGGAUAAUAGUGGCAAGACAUUCUGGAAAUUUAGGAGCUGUAAUGAUGAAUAUGCUUUCUUGUUACAAGAUCUCAAGAUAGAGGGUGGAGAUUCUGCUGUUCAAGUUGAUGAAAAAUGGUUUGUUUAUGGUGAUGGGCAGAAGGAUGAGGUCAAUAAGUACAUUUCCUCAAGGAGAAGUUGGUUUCCAAAGCUUGCUUCAGUAUAA